AUGUCUCUUAUGCUCUCCGACAACCUGGCUCCUCAGCCCAUGACUGAUAUAUUCACCGAAGACACAAACAUUGACCGUCGCAAGUGCCACCGGACAGUGCCUAUGAAGGUGCUCGCUCUGGGUGUUGGUCGUACCGGAACUGCCUCUCUGCGCAAGGCCUUUGAACGUCUUGGAUAUGGCAAGUGUUACCACAUGAUGUGCGCAAGUGUUGAGAACCCGCCGGACUGUCUCAUGUGGCACGAUGCCCUGAACGCAAAGUACAACGGCAUCGGCGAAUUCGGACGCAAGGAAUGGGAUCAGCUUUUGGGUGACUGCCAGGCCGUCUGUGACUGGCCUGCUUGCGCCUUUGCAAAGGAAUUGAUCGAAGCCUACCCCAAUGCCAAGGUCAUCCUGACCACCCGUGAUGUCGACCCGUGGCACGCUUCCGUUAUGAAGACCGUUUUCUGGCGUGUCUCAGACCCAGAGCACAAAUUUGUCUCCAACUUCAGCUGGGCUGCCGGCAUGUACUACCCCAUGUUGAACAAGUUCUUCGAAACAUUCUUCCGUGGCGAUUUCCAGGGCAAGGGCAAGCAAGUAUACGAGGAUCACGUCGCCGAGGUCCGCAGCUUGGUUCCCCCAGAGCGUUUGCUCGAAUACAACAUCAAUGACGGCUGGGCCCCACUUUGCGAAUUCCUCGAGGAGGAAGUCCCCGAUACUCCCUUCCCCCGCGGAAAUGACAUGGCCGACUUCUACAAGCGUUGCAGCACCCGUAACCGCCACCAAAUGAUGAACGCUGCCCUUCAGGUUGUCACCAUUGGCGGUUCACUCCUCGCUGCUGGGUUUGCGGCUACCGUCGCUUUCAAGCGAUUCAGCCGCUAA